AUGGGUGGAAGUACCGAUGCAUACUGCGGUAGCGGAUGCCAGCCAGGCUUUGGCAAUUGCAAGCCUGCAUCCUCGUCCGUCCCGUCCGCCUCGUCCUCGCCGGCGCAGGCCCCGAUUGCACCGGCCAGUGCGCCUCCAGCCACGAGCACACACGCAGAUUCAUCGUCUAUCUCGACGUCGAGCACCGCGUCGUCUUCCACUACCUCGUCCCAGGUCACGGGCGCAUCGCUCGCCGACCCUAUUUCGUCCUCUUCGUCCACGAUUCCGUCGAUCGAAAGCCUAUACCUGAGUACGUUCGUAACAAGCGCAAGCGCAUCGGCCAUCGUAGUGGAAAGCUCGUCUUCACUGGACGUCGCUUCAGAGUCAACAGCGGCCACGGAUACCGUUUCUGCGCCUAGCAGUCUUUCAACCUCGCUCGCAUCCUCAGAAGUCGCGGUCUCAACGAACGCUAUCACCAGCUCUUCCAGCGUCUUGACUACCCUUACAGAGUCGCCUACCAUUACUGUCGAGCUUUCGAGCACAGCUGCAACCCCGCUCGCUACAUCGGAGGUCGCUUCCUCGCAAGUCGAGAUUGUCUCUCCUGUCGCAUCAAUUACCGUGCUCGAGACGUCUGUCGAGCCGACCACCACACCCACGCCGGUAUCCACGGAAUCCCAGGUUGUACCGGUGGAGACCGAGACCGGGACCAUUUCUUCAUCCGUUUUGAUCAGCACGUCGUCAUCGCUGGAGCCUGCCGCAUCCUCCGAAACCACACCUACACCAGCCCAAGAGACCGCAUCGAGCUCAGUGGUCGAGACGCCGUCGCCACUCCCGGAGGCACCCGCUUCCUUAUCCCCAGCGACCUCAAUCGUCGCGACAUCUACCACGUCGGCCCCAGCAACCUGCAACACGCUCGCCGCGAGUUACAAUCCAUCUUUCGAAAGCGGAGCCAUCGCACCCUGGACCAAUACCUACGCCACCAAUACUUUGUACGGCAAGACCGAGGUUCUUUCUGUUGAUACGGCACCCUUCGCGCCGCUCGACGGAUCACAUGCGCUUUACACUACGUUGACCAAUCGGUACACGGGAGCCCAGGUGUGGAGGUUCACGCUCGACAACGUCUACAUCCCAGCCAGUAGCAACUACAACUGCACGGUCGGGUUCAAGAUAGUUCAGGCCGACAAUCGCCUAAGAUACACCGUGCAAGCCCGUCUGUAUAUUGACAAUCAACUCGUGUACUAUCCGCAGAACGGUGUGUCGAACGGUUUGUUCACGGGGUCGCCGACGAGUCCAGAAGCGGCUGUUUGGAACACGGUAGGCGGUUCCGGAGUCGCGAAUGCGCAAGACCAGCAUACCGUUAUGGUUCUCGUUCUCUUCAACAAUGCCAACAUUCUCGCUGCAGGAACGACUUUCGCGAUCGAUAACCUGCAAUGCUUCCCGACGGGGCAAUGCGCCAUGUAA